CUCCAUUUAUUCGUUCUUUCUCUCGUCUCUAGUGUUAUUGUGUUAAUAGACCCACCCAAGAACGAAUUUCUUGCUCGUUAAGAAGAGUUCUUGGCAAUAACUGCAGCACUGCGGUGGCGACUGAGUUUGUGUUAGAGUUGGUUAUGGGAACAAGAAAGCACCUUUCUUUAGCCCAGGCCGAGACUAUUCCUUCUUUCUGUGUUCUUCUUAUUCUGGGAUUUUGUUUUCCUUGGUGAUUUGUUUGUGUUUGUGUGGCGUGCCAGCUGAUGGGUCGGGGCGCUGUUCGAAUGCGGGGGAGCGGCAGCGCUGGUAGUUAAGCCGGUGUACAAAGCUGGCCUCCGGACCGCAGGCCGAGCGCAUGCUGGGGAACAAGUACAACAGCCGGAACCCCACCAGGGUCGAGCGGCUGGUGUGGGACCGGGAGCAGCGGAAGUCCAACCGGGCCUUCCAGCAGAACGACGCCGGCAGCAGCAGCGAUGCUGGCGGCGGUGAUGAUGAUGCUGGGAGCUGCGGGAGGGAGCCUGGAGUGUUGGAGCGUGAGACCGAGGAAGCAAGGGAGGUGAACUGCGAGCGUGGUGCCGUCCCCAAUGGAGAGGUGGUGGAUGUGGGCUUGGCGGCGGGCAAGGCGUCCAGGAACGGAUGCAGGAGGUCUAAUGGGAAGGCCAUGAAGCAGAGGCUGCUGGUUGUGGCUAAUAGGCUGCCGGUGUCGGCGGUCAGACGUGGCGAGGACUCGUGGUCGCUGGAGAUCAGUGCUGGUGGGCUGGUCAGUGCUCUUCUUGGUGUGAAGGAUGUUGAUGCUAAAUGGAUUGGAUGGGCUGGUGUAAACGUGCCGGAUGAAGUGGGGCAGAGGGCACUUACAAAAGCUUUGGAUGAGAAGAGAUGCAUUCCAGUAUUUCUUGAUGAAGAGAUUGUACAUCAGUACUACAAUGGCUACUGCAACAAUAUCUUGUGGCCACUCUUUCACUACCUUGGGCUUCCCCAAGAAGAUCGGCUCGCAACUACUCGCAGCUUUCAGUCUCAGUUUGAUGCAUACAAACGGGCGAACCAAAUGUUUGCUGAUGUUGUGAACCAGCAUUAUCAAGAGGGAGAUGUUGUUUGGUGCCAUGAUUACCAUUUAAUGUUCCUUCCUAAAUGCCUCAAGGAGUACAACAGCAGGAUGAAAGUUGGUUGGUUUCUUCACACACCAUUCCCUUCCUCUGAAAUUCACAGGACCCUGCCAUCCCGCUCGGAGCUGUUGAGAUCUGUUCUUGCAGCUGAUCUAGUCGGUUUUCACACAUAUGAUUAUGCAAGGCACUUUGUAAGUGCUUGCACUCGUAUUCUUGGACUUGAGGGCACACCAGAAGGGGUGGAAGAUCAAGGAAGGCUGACUCGAGUGGCAGCGUUUCCUAUUGGGAUAGACUCCGACCGGUUUAAACGAGCACUUGAUCUUCCAGCAGUCAAAGAACACAUCAAUGAAUUGACACAAAGAUUUGCUGGCCGGAAGGUAAUGCUGGGUGUUGAUCGUCUUGACAUGAUUAAAGGGAUUCCGCAAAAGAUUUUGGCCUUUGAAAAGUUCCUUGAGGAAAAUCCAACAUGGCGUGAUAAAGUAGUGUUGUUGCAAAUUGCAGUGCCAACGAGAACUGAUGUUCCUGAAUAUCAGAAGCUUACUAGCCAGGUUCAUGAAAUUGUUGGACGCAUAAAUGGCCGCUUUGGGACACUAACUGCUGUUCCUAUACAUCAUCUGGACCGUUCCCUUGACUUCCAUGCAUUAUGUGCUUUGUAUGCUGUCACUGAUGUGGCACUUGUAACAUCACUGAGAGAUGGGAUGAAUCUUGUAAGCUAUGAGUUUGUGGCAUGCCAAGGUGACAAGAAAGGCGUUCUUAUAUUAAGUGAAUUUGCAGGGGCAGCCCAAUCUCUAGGAGCUGGUGCCCUCCUGGUAAAUCCAUGGAACAUCACGGAAGUUGCUGCCUCAAUAGGGCAAGCAUUGAAUAUGCCUGCUGAUGAGAGAGAAAAACGACAUAGACAUAACUAUGCACAUGUGACUACACACACUGCCCAAGAUUGGGCAGAAACUUUUGUAAGUGAACUAAAUGAUACAGUUGUUGAAGCUCAACUUAGAACAAGACAAGUUCCACCUCUACUUCCUACCAAGAUAGCAAUGGAACGAUAUUUGCAGUCCAAAAAUCGAUUGAUCAUCUUGGGUUUCAACGCAACACUGACAGAACCAAUUGAAUCUUGUGGAAGAAGAGGUGGAGACCAAAUCAAAGAGAUGGAGCUUAAAUUGCACCCAGAUUUGAAAGUGCCUUUGACAAUUCUUUGCAGUGAUAAACAGACAACUGUUGUUGUUCUCAGUGGAAGCGACAGAAGUGUCCUAGAUGAUAAUUUUGGAGAGUACAACGUGUGGCUGGCAGCAGAAAAUGGGAUGUUUCUGCGCCUUACAGGUGGAGAAUGGAUGACAACAAUGCCAGAGCAUCUAAAUAUGGAUUGGGUUGACAGUGUAAAACAUGUUUUUGAGUAUUUCACUGAGAGAACACCUAGGUCUCAUUUUGAACAUCGUGAGACAUCACUUGUAUGGAAUUACAAGUAUGCAGAUGUUGAAUUUGGAAGGCUUCAGGCAAGGGAUAUGCUGCAGCAUUUAUGGACAGGCCCGAUUUCUAAUGCAGCCGUUGACGUUGUCCAAGGGAGCCGGUCAGUUGAGGUUAGAUCUGUUGGAGUUACCAAGGGUGCUGCAAUAGAUCGUAUAUUGGGAGAAAUAGUUCAUAGCAAAAGCAUGGUCACGCCGAUUGAUUAUGUUUUAUGUAUUGGUCACUUUCUUGGAAAGGAUGAGGACAUCUAUACCUUCUUUGAGCCAGAACUUCCAUCCGAACCUGUAAAUUCCUCAAGGUCAAAAUCAAAUGAUAGCAAUAAGCAGUCAAAUGAUUGUAACAAGCCAUCUCCUGACAAGAGGCCCAUAGAAAAGCCACCAAACAGCUACAAGAACAACUCAAGGACUUCCACUCACAGGAGUCAAAGGACUCUGCUCAGAUCUGAAAAAAGAAUGCCAACAAAUCACAACACCUCAGUUGGAUGGCGAUCUCCUCAAGAGAACAUGUCAUGGCGUGAGGGAUCGUCAGUGCUUGAUCUCAAGGGAGACAACUACUUCUCAUGUGCAGUUGGUCGGAAGCGGUCAAAUGCAAGGUAUCUUCUUAACUCAUCUGAUGAUGUGGUCUCCUUCCUUAAGGAGUUGGCAGGCGCAGUUAGUCAAGGGGUUCACUCAAUGUUUACCCCAAACCAGGCUGGUCGGAUGUCAUCAAGUUGGGAAUAGCUUCUAGCUGAAACAGUUGGUAGAAGGAAGGGUAAUCCAUCUGGUCUCAUGAGACAAUGUCUUAUUCAUUUACAGAGACGAGAGGGUUUUCCAUAGACAGAGGGUCUCAUCCAUAUUUAACUGUCUAACUGGGCUCAAAUGUUCAUUAAUUCAUAGAAAAAUGUGUACAUGAUCUUGAUAGGUGGUACUUCAUAAAUGAUCUUAUAUAAAGUAGUUCUACAUCUUAUUGUGCCAUCUAAGACCUGCUGAUGUAGGCAUGUGGUGAAAUGAAAGCUCAAUGUGUGUAUGCCCCUUAUUCCAAAGUUGGUGGCUCAAUCAUGUAUUCUGCACAUCUACAUAUCUAAGAGUAGCUUUCAGAACAAGGCGGUUUUUCUGGA